AUGAAGUUCAGUGAAGUAUGCCAUGAAUCAAAUUUAAUUGUGUCCCGUUUUUUACAGAUCAAUAAUGAUGAAAAUGAUGAUGGUCAAUUAUUGAUAGAGACUCAAGCAAAAGUGCAAGCAUCAUUGGAAGUGCUGGAUGAAGCUUUAGAUAAAUUCAAUUUUGAACAACUUUCAAUAUCUUAUAACGGUGGUAAAGAUUGUUUAGUAAUGUUGAUACUUUAUCUUUCCUCACUCUCCACAAAAUAUUCACCAGAUCAGUUAGAUUCAUUCAAUUCAUUGAAAUCGGUAUAUAUAAAUUAUGAACAACAAUUCCCCGAAUUGAUCAAGUUUAUCAACUAUUCAAAAUCAAAAUAUAAACUUGAUCUAGUUUCCAUAAAUAUGAAAUUAAAACAAGGCUUCACACAAUAUCUUCAAUACCAUCCAGAGAUAAAGGCAAUUAUAGUAGGGACGAGAAGAUCAGAUCCAUUUGCUUCAGAUUUAAAACAUUUCCAAAAAACUGAUCAUGGUUGGCCCGAAUUUAUAAGAAUUCAUCCAGUGAUAAAUUGGCAUUAUGAUGAAAUUUGGUGCUUUAUCCAAAAGACCCAAAUUGAAUAUUGUGAAUUGUAUGAUAAAGGCUUUACAAGUCUUGGUGGGAUUGAUUCCACUAUAAGGAAUCCAAGUUUGAAAUUACAAAAUGGAGAUUAUUUACCUGCCUAUGAACUGAAAGGUGAUGAACGGGAAAGAGAUGGGAGAAAUGUGAAAUAG